UCAUAUCGUCAUCAUAUAGCAAUCUGAUUGCCGACAAUCAAUUGAUUGUUGAUCAUAUUAAUCAAAAGCUUUUCCUUUUCCUGUUUUCUCUCAACUAAUUUCAUAUUCAUUUUGUCCUCUCCAUCUUAAUUGUAACAAUCAAUUGAUGAACAACAUGUUAAUUUAAUUUUAAACAUUUAAUUUAGUGUUACAGCUAUAAGUAAGUCCAAAUAAUUAGUUAAUUGUUUACAUUUACAUUGUGUUUAUGUUGUGAUGAAAAUGAUUAAACUUCCAGGAUUGAUUUUAAUCAUCUUUCAAUAUUACUUAUUAGUAUCCUUAAUUGUGUACAUUAAUUGUGAGGAUAAUACUAAUUGUUACCAUCUAAAUACAUUAAUAAAAUCAGCAAAUUAUGAAAAUUUUAAUCACGAUAAAUUAUCACCAUUGGUAAACAAAUUAAAUUACAAAGUUACCCGAGUUAAACGUCAAUUGAAUUCAUCAACAACUCAAUUACCACCAUUAACAAUUAACGAUUCAAAUGAAAAUCAUCACAAUGAAAGUGUCAACUCUAAUUUAGUUAACAGUGAACAGCUAAUUGAAGCGGAUAUUAAAUCACUACGAUACAAUUUAGUUAAUCACUUUUCCUCACCACGUAAUUCAUUUGCCAAUGAUACACUCAAACAAAAUGCCCGCCGGGUAAUUAUUGAUAAAUUUGUCAAACUUAGACUUGAAACUUGGACCCACAAAUUUAAUGCAACCGAGAUGAGAUUCCUGAAUCUUCCGGUCAUUGAAGGAAUGAAUAUAAUCGCUAUUCUACCAGGGUCAUCUCGAGGAACUGACCAGGAAUCAUUAAUACUAAUUGGUGCUCAUUAUGAUACAGUUUUACUCUCACCGGGUGUUAAUGAUAAUGGUUCCGGUGUGAGUGCACUUCUUGAAGUGGCAAGACUAUUGACAACCAAUCAAUGUCACCUUAAAAGUACCGUUAUCUUUGCAGCAUUUGACCUUGAGGAAUAUGGUGGUUUGGGAAGCCGACAUUUGGUCCAUGAGUAUCUGAUUCCAAUCCAUUUAUCGGGUAAAAGGUCAAAAUUUCGAGGAGCUUUCAUACUGGACACUUUACUCAAUUUUGACGAUACAUCAAAUUCCCAAGAUAUUCCAAUGGACAUUGAAAAGGUUAUCCCAUUUUGGGGUAAAAAGGAUUCACCUGAUAACAUGAGAGGCGAUUUUAUUGCUUCGUUUACCCGGAAGUCAAUUGAUUCUCGUCUUUCACUUACUAUGGCUAAACAUUGGAGGUCAAGGCAACAAUUUGAACAACAGAAAAGCUCAUCUAAUGGUCAACCAAUUAGCCAAUUUAAUCUGGUUCCUGUUGAGAUUGCAACUUUACCCUCAGAGAUGCCCAAUGUUAAAGUGCUUUCUGACCAUGUAAACUUUUUACGAAGUGACCAUGUAAUGUUCUGGUAUCACAACAGUAGUUUACACAAGCCAACACUCAGGGCAAUAUUUAUCACCGAUACAGGACCAUUUCGAGGAUACAUGAGAAAAUGUUACCAUGAAACUUGUGAUGACCUGAGCCUAGUUACCGAUACAAACCUGAGGUUCUUGAAACUUAUCGUUGAAGUUUUAACAAGUUCAAUAUUGGAUAUUGGUGAUGGAUCUUGUAAAGUUUCAUCCAAGGGAUCAGCUAAAUUUGAUGUAAGACAAUCAAGCUCACCUCGAGCAUAUCCAAUGUCAUUAGUUUUUUACCUUAAUUGUUUCAUUAUAAUAACUUUCAUCGUCAACAAAAGCAAUUGAGGUUAUUAAGCAACAACACCAGACAAAUUAUCAACCUUGAUCCCACCACCAUCACCCAAAAGCCACCCACCUCCACCUCCACCAUCACCCAGGAGCCAACAUCUUAUGUGUUGAAUUUUUCUUGCAAAACUUGACAGAAACAAACUUUUUGUCGCAACAAUUAACUAACCAAAAAGUAAAAUAAAAAAAUGUUUUACCAUCAUGAUUAACAUUAAACAAUUCAACUCAAUCUAAUUACAAUUAACUAUCAACUAUAUAAACUACUAUGUAAUAAUAUUACAAUAAAAAAACAACGUAAAUCUAAUCUCAUUGAAUAAUAAUCAUUAUGAACAAAUUUUGUAUUACAACAACAAUAACAUGACAAUAAAAAUUGACAAUUAAAAGUUAAAAAUCACAACACAAUUAACUAUACAAUUAUCAUUUCAACAAAUCCAUAUCUAUGUAAGUCAAUUGCAACUAAUUAAGUGAAAUUACCUGCAACUAAACUAUUAAAUGCUAAUGAUCAAGUUACUUUUCCACUCCAUCAUAAUCAACAACCACCAUUAGCUAAUUAACUCACUUGAUUGUUUCAAGUUUAUCCUCAUCACAAAAAUUAACCAGCAC